GGUUGGGAGAGGGGCUUACAAUUCAGGUAUCAUGGCGGCUCCAGGAUGGUCUGAACGGGUCCGGGAGUUGCUCAGAAGAAUGAACUCUUUCCACGGAACUGGUGCGGUUAUAGGCGCUAGCGGAAACGCUGGGAAUUCGCCUGGGAGGUUUCCUUGGCAACGGAUUUUAAAAACAGGUUCUUCCAAGGCUCUGUGCUUGCCCUUUAUGGUGGCUGGGCAACAGGUAGGCCACGUUCCACAGUCUGUAGCCAAAUGUCUCCGUCAGUAUCCAGCUGUUUUCUCAGUGUCCCAGGGAGAUGGAGUGCCUGCUUGCGUGGAGCUUAACAAGCAACUGAGCUCCCAUGAGCAACGAACAACUGCUGUGCAAGGGGUGCUUGAGGAGCUGAGGGAGCAGCAAGCCUUCCCCUGCUUGAAAGAGUGGAGGGAUGAGCUCUACAGUGUGAUGCCCCGUUUUUGCGACACACCUCUCUUCAGCAUGGAGCGUGCUGCCACCCCAUUACUGGGAAUAAAGCGCUAUGGCGCCCACCUGAAUGGCUAUACGUGGCAAAAUGGUCAGAUGUGUAUGUGGCUGGCCCGUAGGGCCUUGAACAAACCCACUUACCCUGGCCUGUUGGAUAACCUGGCUGCUGGUGGCAUUGCAGCAGAGCUGGGGGUCAGAGAGACACUAAUGAAAGAAUGCCAGGAAGAAGCCUGCAUCCCAACUUCUCUCACAGCACAAGCCAAAUCUGUUGGCACUAUCAGCUACACCUAUGAGGGCACACAUGGAGGCAUCUAUGCCGAGUGCCAGUUUGUAUUUGACCUGGAGUUGCCUGAAGAGUUUGUACCCCAAGUGGGUGAUGGAGAGGUGCAGGAAUUCUACCUUUGGCCACUCGAUAAGGUGAAAGAGGCCAUUGGAUCUUCAGACUUCAAGCCCAAUUGUGCAAUGGUGGCACUGGAUUUUCUCAUCAGGCACAGUUACAUCGAGCCUGACAAAGAACCUCAUUAUGUAGAGCUAAUAGAAGGAUUACACCGAACACUCUAAAACCCCAAGGCUGCUACCCAUUGUGCGGAUACAGAAUGCUUCCAUGGUUUUUGCUGGGCCAGCCAUCACAAAAGAUUGGUCCAAGGUUCACAGAACUGAUGGCUCUCACCAAGAGGAAGAUUAGCACAGACUACCAUUGGAGUCACUGACAAUAUCUUGUUUUUAACCAUGCCUGUGUUCAGGAUCUGAAGUGCAAGGGAUUGUUGUGCUAAUUUAUCAAGUAUGAAUGCUUCUCUCUCACUUGUGCAAAGGAACUUCCAAAACUAACUAGUGGAACAGGGCCAGGGGUGCAUUUUUGCUUCUCCUGUGGCUCUCAGAAAUAAAAGACUUGCUUCAUUGUCCUUUUUAACAUUUAAUUAAAAAAAUCAAAGACAAAAGGAACAUUGUGUCAAGGCUGUGAGAGAGAUUCAGGGAAGUGGGGAGAGACAGAGCAGCAAAAUACUGUACAGCUGGGUGUUCUUCACAGAGCUCAUUCUGACUCAUUGAAACGAGUUAGCAUAGUCUUGUGCAACGCCUCCCGAUAGGACUCCGAUGCUGCUGCCCCAUAGGAGCUUCCACGUGCACCUAGGCCAGAUCCACGCACCCGUGUUUGGGCCUAAGGGGGGGGGGGAGAUACAAAGUGGGUACCAUAACCAGACUACAAUACUUGAAGAAGAAAUAACCCUUCCCCUCCAAAGCCACAUUUUGCCCUGCAUUCUGAGAUGCUGCAUUACCAGUAAAGACCAUAUCAUCUCCUCUUCUUUCCAUGCAACACAGCUACAUCACUUCACCUCAGCUCCCCUAAUGCCUAGCUCCUAUGGUGACUGUUUUCCCAUCUGGAGGGUGGGGAAGGACAGAUACAAGAGCACUGUGCCAAAACAGUGAGGCAUCACAAAGCCCUCAACAUUAAGAGGGAAGCCCAAGUACUUCCCCUUUCUUCAAGGGCAGUCUAGAAAGAGCAACUAGGAGGAUCACCCCCCAUCUCCCCCCGCCUGAGGCACUGCCAUACAUUCACUGUAAUCCAAAAGAUAUUCCCCGUAGGAAUCUGGUACCUCAAUGGGGGCAACGAUGCCCUGUUUCUUGCGACCCAGCCCGCUGCCCUCUUUCCAGCCCAUAGCCUGUAGCAUGCGGCUGCCAAUGUUGUCACUGCCAAGGCCAUCCCGUGUUGGUUGUUCAAAAUCGCUGUUCCAAACGGAUGGGUAGCAAAAACAAAAGGAAAGUAUUAAGAUACUAGGGCAACCUGCCUUCUCCUCAGGCCAACGAGGGCCAAAGUAGAAGGUUGUAGUGAUAGGAAGGACUGGAGGCAGGACUAGGCCUCACACAGAGCAACUGUUGGGAAGGUGGGCCUUUCCUAAAGAGGGGGAAAGCCCAGGAAGCUCAAAUCAGAAGGGACCAAGCCCAAGGACUGGACAGGGAUUUCUGGCUCAGCCAGCAGCAGCAGCUUUUCCUUCUGGUUAGUCUGUCCCUGGAGGGCCCUGAGGGAGCAGUGGGCUGAGCUCCUGGGGACCUGGGAAUGCUGCAGCCUUCCCAAGGACCAAGUCAAUUAGAUGCAUCAGGGAAGUUACUUUUCUUUACUGAUUGCUGGGAAUCUGUGUUGCCAGGUUAAUGAAAAGUCUCUUACAAUCUGUUUCAUGAACACAGUUGUUCUUAUUGCAUACCUUUUUUCUUUUAAUCUGAUAAUAAAUCCUUGUUGCUGAA